CUCUGCGAAAAUAAUAGGUACACGUAUCAAGACCUGGUGUCCUGAAAAGACAUACAAUAUGGGCUCGGUAAUGUGACAUGAGUUUUCAACACUUUUUUUUUUCUAUCUCGGAAAAGAUAAAAGGCGAGGUGAAAAGGGAAAGUCAUGAAAAAUAUCUAGACCUUAGAGUCUUGCAGUGACAAUAUGGAACCUCAGAAGGCACAACAAAGACCUUCGACUCCAGAAUUCCGAUAAGCUGGAAGGUCUUUCACGCCAUCUUCUAGAGAUAAAGUUCCUACUUCAACGUUCGAAGCUUUCCAAGUCUUAUGUAGUUACGCCUUCUCUGCUGCCGAGGUCGAUGACCUAGCGGCUAAAGUAUCUCUCAUAUCUGUGGCCGAGUGUAAUUGUGCGAAGGAGCAGGCAAUUAUAAGUAGUCUGGAUUAUAAGUUCAGAUCAUCGAGACGUGCAAACAUCACUGAUUUGAGGCACCUGGGAAAGGGGUAAUGAGUGGCUAAAACUUUACCCUCCAGAUCUUUGGGGCCGAGACGUGGGUUAGAAAGUGCAAUUCACCAAUAUUCCAAAUCUAGCAGGUAUGAGAAGUGGAUAGGUGAUUGGGCUCAAUCCUACAACAAUGCAUCGGAGCGUGGUGUCUAUUCACUUCUGCUUGACUACGGUACUAAUCCUAAUACACAUCCUACUCCUUUUACAAUAGCUUGGUCCGGCUUUAUCCGCUUCGCCGUCGGAAACCCGUCAAAAAUCACAUCUGUUGAUGCCUACCUUAACUCAUUGGAUGACCUGUUUAAGCAUGGAGCGGAUCUAGGCGCUUUAACAAUUGGGUUGACUUUACGGCCGGGUGAUAUUUCGAGCCAUCUGUCACUUUGCAUGGUAACAACCUUAGCGGGUCCGAAACCGAGGGAGAACUUAAUUUUAUAUCCAAGAUCACCACGAGGAUGAUCGAGCAGGCAAUCGAUACUCGGUGGCCUGUAGGAAGGCUGCCCUGGAUUGUGAGGAAUGUUUUCCCCGUUACACUACAUAAAUCAAUGCUCGAUAUGCUUAUUCACUGGCUUAUUCAGGCUCGAAUUAAAGGGAGGAAUCCAAAGACUUGGGGCAAACGGCUGUUUCAAGACACAGCCCACACAGAAGAGGAAAUUAAGCGGCCGAGGUUAGAUAGCGCGGAUAUGUCGAGGUCUUCGUCAAGUUAAGAGUUCAUAGUGGCACGAGUUGAUGCGAGCG